AUGCCUCGCAGUUACGUCAAAUCUGAGCUUGAAGAGGCCCAGUCGCUCGUCAGCGAAUACAGCUUUCCCACCUCUUCCACCUCUUCCACAGCUGCUCUCUUUGCGUUUUCCCAAGGCGAGCACUGCCCAGACCUGCUCUCAAGCGCCGCUUGGUGUCUGCCAGGAGACGGCUCACAAUACUUGACUGAUAUCCACGAUGUAUCCGUAAACCACGGAGAGAUUGAGGAAACCAUCUUUACUUCCGGACAAACCACUCCCAAAGGAACCAGGAUCGCUCACGCUCACCAGCCGGUGGAAGCAACAUGGAACACUGCCAGACCUAUUUCAACCGCCACCAAGAGCCAGGCCAUGUCUCGGAUGAGCUCAAAUACAUCAGGCUGCUCGUCUGCUUCGCACGGAUCGCAUUUGGUACAAACCAACCCCAUGUUGGAUGCAGGCCAAGCGUUCCGGGAUGACACAGUUCAGGUCAUGGGCACCAUGAACAACCUGAAUGGGUGCCAAAUGUCGGAAACUGUAAGCUCACCAAUCUGCUGGCCUGGCUAUGGGCUUGAUAUUGGCCUGAGCGGUGACUGCACUCUCACUGUUGAAGACAUCAACUCGAUGAAUGUUGCACCGUCUCAGGUUACCAUUGGGCCGGACGGACUACCAGCGACUUCCCCCACGAGCUCUUGGGAUGUCUCCAGCUCCAUUUCUCGCACGUCGUCACCAAACACCAUUGACGAUACGUGGCGGGUCGCCGCAAUGGCGAACUCGCCAAUGAAUUUCAUGGGUGACCCCACGAGCCCCGAAAGCAAGCCCCAUCACCUCGUCUCUGAUUUGCAAGACACCAUGGUGCCCUUUGGCGGUGACAUGAACAUGAAUGCGAACUACCAUCAGCGCAGCAGUGUUGAGUCGGACUCGCCGCGUGAAGACUCCCGUUACAAGAACGCGGUGCGCGGGGACGACGGCUUGUUCCACUGUCCGUGGGAGGGCCAGCAGAGUUGCAACCACAAGCCAGAGAAGCUUAAGUGCAACUAUGACAAAUACGUCGACUCUCACUUGAAGCCAUACAAGUGCAAGGUUGCCAGCUGUGAGGACGCUCGCUUUUCCUCCACCGCCUGCCGGCUCCGCCAUGAGCGAGAGGCACACGGUCUUCAUGGCCAUGGGAACAAACCGUUUCUGUGCACCUAUGCAGGCUGCGAACGCGCUCAAGAGGGACAUGGCUUCCCAAGACAGUGGAAUCUCCGCGACCACAUGAAGCGAGUCCACAAUGACGUCGGUGAGGUUCCCGCUGCACCUGGGCCUGCCCCCGCUGCAAGCUCUGCCAAGGGCCGCAAGCGCAAGAACGAGACGCAAGAGGCUGCUCCCAGUGAGCGCAAAGCGCCACCAAAGCCAAGCCAGCAGCCCAGCGCUCGCAAGCCCACCACGAAACCGCUUCUGGACGAGUGGCAGGACCACUACCUCGCCGUCCAGGGUCUUCUCCAAAGCAUGGUUGCCCCGGGAGAUCAGCGCAAUAUCAGCCAACUCGACGAAAUGCAGCAGCGUUCUGUCGAGAUGGCCAAGAUUACUUCUCAGCUCGUGUCUGCGUCCAAAUCGCCACGGGAUGCUGACUCAAAGAGAGUCUACAACACUGGUGGCUGA